ACAAGGGCACUGACCCCAAAGUUCCUGCUUCCAAUCUCCCCGUUUUACGCCAAAAAUGAUUGCCUCAACAACUCUCCCCACUUGCUUCAACUUCAAGCUGCUCAAUCCCCAGCAAGUAUUUUCACCCCCAAAACCCAGCACAAAAAACUCGCCCUUUCCCACAAAGUCCCAUCAUUUCUAUCAUUACAAUCAUCUUUGGACCGCUAUCUUCAAACCCAAGCCGUGUUCCAUCCGUAAAGUCCUCAGGAAAGUGAACGAUGAUGGCGGCACCCUACAUGAGCCUGCAGCUGUUUCUGUUGGUGAAGGGACAAACAGUAGCUCUUCCACUUUAGGUGACAACUAUGUGGCCUUAUUUGUAAGGAUGCUUGGGCUAGACCAUGAUGCUCUUGACCGAGAACAGGCAAUAGUUGCACUAUGGAAAUAUUCACUUGGUGGAAAGAAGUGCAUUGAUGCCAUUCUGCAGUUUCAGGGCUGCGUAAACUUAACCGUGAACCUUCUCAGCUCUGAGUCUAGUGCUACAUGUGAAGCAGCUGCUGGUCUUUUACGGUCCAUAUCUUCAAUCAAUUUGUACAGAGGUAUAGUAGCAGAAAGUGGAGCAAUAGAAGGGAUAACUGGUUUGCUGAAUCGACCUUCUUUGACUUCUGAGGUUAAAGAGCAAAGUAUUUGUACUUUGUGGAACUUGUCUGUUGAUGAGGAACUUAGAGUGAAAAUUGCACUCUCGGAUAUCCUACCAUUGCUCAUCAAUUCCCUGGAUGAUGAUGACAUAAAAGUGAAGGAAGAAGCUGGUGGGGUUUUGGCAAAUUUGGCCUUGAGCCAUUGUAAUCAUGGCAUAAUGGUUGAAGCCGGUGCCAUUCCGAAAUUGGCAAAGCUCUUAAAAACUGACUUGGAAGAAUUUAAAGUGAUUCGGAAAGAAGCUAGAAAUGCUUUAUUGGAACUUGUUAAGGAUCAAUAUUAUAGAAUUCUAGUCAUAGAGGAGGGUCUGGUUCCUGUGCCCAUGGUUGGUUCUGCCGCUUACAAGUCUUUCAGGCCAGGAUUAUAUUCAUGGCCUUCUAUGCCUGAUGGUACAGAGAUCGAGCAGACUUCAAAAGGUCCUUCAAGGUUUGGUGCCUCUGAAUUACUCCUCGGGUUAAAUGUUGGCGAGAAUGCCAAGAUAGAGGAAGCUAAGCAGAAUGCAAUAGUUGGACGGACACAACAACAAUUUCUUGCUCGUAUAGGGGCUAUAGAGUUGGAUGGCAAAAGAGAAUCUCAGUUUGAUACCCCCACUGAUAAUCGACUUACUAUUCUCCCAUGGAUUGAUGGUGUAGCUCGAUUAGUUUUGAUACUUGAGCUUGAUGACGAGGUUGCCAUAUCGAGGGCUGCCGAGUCAAUUGCUGACUCAUCUAUCAAUGAACAUAUGCGGAUUUCAUUCAAGGAAGCAGGAGCCAUCAAGCAUUUGAUUCGGCUUUUAGACCACAAUAGUUAUGCUGUCAGAUCCGCUGUGACCCAUGCUUUGGAGAGGUUGUCUAUUAGCCCUCUUGUUUAUCCGGUACUUGAAGCUGAAGGUAUUUUACACCCUUUAGUUUGUACUCUGAAAAACUCGGAGACCUCCGGAAGCUUGAUGGAAAAGACCUUAUAUAUACUUGCUAGGAUUUUAGACCCCAGUAAAGAAAUGAAGUCAAAGUUCUACAAUGGACCAGUAAAUGGUUCAAAAACAGGUAUAGGAGCUGCAAGCAUUGUUGAUUCUUCUAGUGAUAGGCCCGCGUCAAUAAUGGAUUCCAGGAAAGAAUUGCUGGACUCUGCUGUCAUUACCCGCCUUAUUGAGAUUAUGAAGACUUCACCAUCAAACUUGCAAAGGAAAGCAGCUUCUAUCUUGGAAUUCAUGACGGUAAUCGAACCUAGCAUGGAAACGAUUAUCAAAGAAGAUAUGUGGUCCGGUUUGGAAGCUGUUUUUCAACAAAAUGCUCUAACAGACAUGGAAGCUGAUGUAGAAGGUCAGGAACCUGACAAAUAUGCUCUCCAACUUGAAGAAGCUGCUCUAGCAGUCUCUGCAGCUUCAAGGCUACUUACAAAACUUCUCGACUCGGAACAGUUUUACCGAAAAGUAGACCCUACCCUUUUCAUUAAAUUACUCCGCAAAAUCCUAAAGUCCGCUAUACCUCUUCAAAACAAAGAUUGGGUUGCGGCUUGCCUUGUCAAACUGAGCUCUUUAUCCAGUCCUUAUGUGGAUUACGAGAAUCCGAUCAGCAUGGAGGUAACCCUUUAUGAGGCAAUACCAAGACUUAUAGAGCAGAUACAAUCAUCUUUUUCUCCAGAAACGCAGGAAGCUGCUGCUCUUGAACUUAACAGAAUAAUUUCCGAAGGGGUCGUUGAUUCCACCCGAGCUGUCGCAUCUAGGGGCGGUAUAUUUCCACUGGUGAAGCUUAUCGAAGAAGGAAGUGACAGGGCAGUCGAAGCGGCCUUAUCGAUACUGUAUAAUCUGAGUAUGGACAGUGAGAAUCAUUCAGCAAUCAUAGCUGCCGGGGCAGUGCCGGCGUUGAGGAAGAUUGUUUUAUCGCAAAGAUCAGAUUUUACACGAGCACUUCGUCUGCUGAGAAAUCUACCUGUGUGAUGGCAACACGAAAACUAGGUUUUCAGGGGCGUCGUACAGAUAUUGUAAAUCAUUUUUGUUAUAUUCAGGAUCCAUUUUUAUGGAGUUAUCAUAUCGGUAUAAUUUCACCAGAAAGUCCAUGUUUUAGUGACAAGUAUUUC